UUCAUUUCCACCUCUUAAAAAGCCCCCUUUGGCCCUCACCGCAUAAACCCUAAACCCUAAGGCCUCUAAAACUGUGUCGCUCUCUCCCUCUCCCUCUCUCUCUCUCUCGUUCUUCCGUUCUGAUCCUCUUCCAUGGCCGCCACAGCAGUCUUACUCCGAUCGCUACGGCGCCGUGACGUUGCCACCGCCUCUUUCUCCGCCUUCCGAUCUUUAACUUGUAAUGCUAAGCCAGCCUGGACUCCCUCGCAAGUGGGUCACAAUUGGGCAAGUUUGACCAGAGCAUUCAGUUCUAAGCCCGCUGGGAAUGAUGUUAUUGGUAUUGACUUGGGUACGACCAACUCAUGUGUUGCAGUUAUGGAGGGAAAGAAUCCCAAAGUUAUUGAGAACUCUGAGGGAGCUCGAACUACCCCAUCAGUGGUUGCCUUCAACCAGAAGGGAGAACUACUUGUUGGUACACCAGCGAAACGUCAGGCUGUUACUAACCCCACAAAUACUGUUUUUGGAACCAAGCGGCUGAUUGGCAGACGCUUUGAUGAUCCCCAAACGCAGAAAGAAAUGAAGAUGGUUCCAUUUAAGAUAGUCAAGGCUCCGAAUGGAGAUGCAUGGGUUGAAGCCAAUGAACAACAGUAUUCCCCAAGUCAGAUUGGAGCUUUUAUAUUGACCAAGAUGAAAGAAACUGCAGAGGCUUAUCUUGGAAAGUCGGUUACAAAAGCUGUGAUCACUGUUCCAGCUUAUUUUAACGAUGCUCAGAGGCAAGCAACAAAGGAUGCUGGCAGAAUUGCAGGCCUAGAUGUACAGAGAAUUAUCAAUGAGCCUACUGCUGCUGCACUUUCCUAUGGAAUGAACAAUAAGGAGGGUCUCAUAGCUGUUUUUGAUCUCGGAGGUGGAACAUUUGAUGUUUCCAUUUUAGAGAUCUCUAAUGGUGUUUUUGAGGUGAAAGCCACAAACGGAGACACAUUCUUGGGAGGAGAGGAUUUCGACAAUGCCCUGCUGGACUUUUUGGUGAGUGAGUUCAAGAGAACUGAGGCAAUUGAUCUCUCCAAGGACAGGCUUGCCUUGCAGAGGCUUCGUGAAGCAGCUGAGAAAGCUAAGAUAGAACUGUCAUCCACUACCCAAACAGAAAUCAACCUGCCCUUCAUCACUGCAGAUACAUCUGGGGCAAAACAUCUGAAUAUCACACUGACCAGAUCAAAAUUUGAAAGCUUGGUGAACCACUUGAUUGAGAGGACCAAGUCCCCGUGUAAGAACUGUUUGAAGGAUGCCAGCAUAGCUGCCAAGGAUGUGGAUGAGGUACUUCUGGUCGGAGGGAUGACACGUGUUCCCAAAGUACAGGAGGUCGUCACAGAGAUCUUUGGGAAGACCCCAAGCAAAGGAGUAAAUCCUGAUGAGGCAGUUGCUAUGGGAGCUGCUAUUCAGGGUGGCAUUCUACGUGGUGAUGUCAAAGAAUUACUUCUCUUGGAUGUCACUCCUCUGUCACUUGGUAUCGAGACAUUGGGUGGUAUCUUCACCAGGCUGAUUAACCGGAACACAACUAUUCCAACGAAGAAGGGUCAGGUUUUCUCCACGGCAGCUGACAAUCAAACUCAGGUGGGUAUCAAGGUACUACAAGGAGAGCGUGAAAUGGCCUCCGACAACAAGCUUCUUGGGGAGUUUGAGCUUGUCGGCAUUCCACCUGCUCCGAGAGGCAUGCCUCAGAUUGAAGUCACGUUUGACAUUGAUGCCAACGGCAUUGUGACUGUUUCUGCCAAGGACAAGACCACCGGGAAGGAACAACAGAUUACCAUCCGUUCAUCUGGAGGGCUCUCAGAAGAUGAAAUCGACAAGAUGGUUAGGGAAGCCGAGUUGCAUUCUCAGAGGGAUCAAGAAAGAAAAGCUUUGAUUGAUAUCAAGAACACUGCAGACACCACCAUCUACAGUGUCGAGAAAAGCUUGGGCGAGUACAAGGACAAGAUUCCUGCCGAAGUUUCAAAAGAGAUUGAGGAUGCAAUUGCAGACUUGAGGAGUGCAACGGCCGGGGACAGCGUUGAAGAAAUUAAGUCAAAGAUUGAAGCGGCAAACAAAGCCGUUUCAAAGAUAGGCCAACACAUGCAAGGUGGUUCUGGUGGCGACUCUUCCUCUGGAGGGUCUCAGGGUGGGGGCGACCAGGCUCCUGAAGCUGAAUAUGAAGAGGUGAAGAAGUGAGAGUUAUGAGGUUGUUUUUGUGAUAGUUCCUUUAGAGUGGCGCUGUGUCACAAACUAGGAUGGACAUCUUACUUUUUCAUUGGCUCUUUAGGACAUAAGACUUUCUUGCGGUUUUGUAUUUAAAUUUCGGAGGGUGAAAUGUACUAGGAAAGUCCCUACUCUAUUUGAGCACAAUUCUAUGCUCUUUUGGCAACAUUGUUAACGAAUUUUUUGCAUCACUA